CCCUAGUAUUGCCGAGUCCAGUGUAAAUUCCGCGGUGAAGGCCGCCGACAUAUUUAAAAGGUUGCAUCUGCUCGUGGAACAGCACUCGCUUAGACCUCGAUACACAUCAACAUGUUCGUUCGAAUCUUCACGAUUUCUGUCAUCGCCCUUCUCCUUCUCCAAGACUACGUUAUAGCCUCUGUUAUUGCUGCUGUUGUCAGGACCUCGGCCAGUUCAUAUAGCUGUGGUAGCGGCUCGCUUGCUUGCUGCAUGGAGGAUCAAUCCCAACCGGGAAGUGUUAACGAUGAGCAGUGCCAAGACUACUCAGGGAGUUGCUGUCCAAGUAACUACUUACCGUCUUGUUGCUACACCGUAUACGAGGUGGACUAUUAUUACUGCAACGAGACAACGACAAGUCAACAGUAGGGUUGUUAGGCGUGUUGAGCACGAUACCUGAAGGACAUUCGUUGGAUUAGACUUUCGAUCGGAUUUUACCAUAAUUUUGUAUUAAAUGUAUGAUAUUCCACUUGUGCAAAAACUGUCUC